AUGAAUUUCCUGCGUCGGCGCCUCUCUGACAGCAGCUUCGUGGCCAACCUGCCAAACGGCUACAUGGCGGACCUGCAGCGCCCAGACAGCUCCACCAGCUCCCCUGCGUCCCCCGCCAUGGAGAGGAGGCACCCUCAGCCCCUGGCAGCCUCCUUCUCCUCUCCAGGGUCCAGCCUCUUUAGCUCCUUCUCCAGUGCCGUGAAGCAGACCUCACAGGCCCCCUCGGGGCUGAUGGAGCCUCCGGCCCCCUCCACGCCUAUUGUUCAGAGGCCCAGGAUCCUGCUGGUGAUCGAUGAUGCCCACACAGACUGGGCCAAGUAUUUCCAUGGAAAGAAGGUGAAUGGAGAGAUUGAGAUCCGAGUGGAGCAGGCUGAAUUCUCAGAGUUGAAUCUAGCCGCCUAUGUUACUGGGGGCUGUAUGGUGGACAUGCAAGUCAUGAGAAAUGGAACCAAGGUUGUAAGAUCCUUCAAGCCGGACUUCAUUCUUGUCCGCCAGCACGCCUACAGCAUGGCCUUGGGCGAAGACUACCGCAGCCUGGUCAUCGGCCUCCAGUAUGGAGGGCUGCCUGCCGUCAACUCCCUCUAUUCUGUCUACAACUUCUGCAGCAAGCCCUGGGUGUUUUCUCAGCUCAUUAAGAUCUUCCAUUCACUGGGUCCUGAGAAGUUCCCGCUUGUGGAGCAAACAUUUUUCCCCAAUCACAAGCCAAUGCUCACAGCCCCUCACUUCCCCGUGGUGGUUAAGCUGGGACAUGCCCACGCCGGAAUGGGAAAGAUCAAAGUAGAAAACCAGCAUGACUACCAGGACAUCACCAGCAUGGUGGCAAUGGCCAAAACCUAUGCCACCACUGAGGCCUUCAUCGACUCCAAGUAUGACAUCCGCAUCCAGAAAAUUGGAUCCAACUACAAAGCUUACAUGAGAACCUCCAUCUCUGGAAACUGGAAGGCCAACACAGGCUCUGCCAUGCUGGAGCAGGUGGCCAUGACAGAGAGGUACAGGCUGUGGGUGGACAGCUGCUCAGAGAUGUUUGGUGGCCUGGACAUCUGUGCUGUCAAGGCCGUCCACAGCAAAGAUGGCAGAGAUUACAUCAUAGAGGUGAUGGACAGCUCAAUGCCCCUGAUUGGGGAGCACGUGGAAGAGGACAAACAGCUGAUGGCCGACCUUGUCAUCUCCAAAAUGAGCCAACUCCUGAUGCCAGGGGGCAUGGUACCCUCACCCCUGAGGCCUUGGGCGCCUCAGACUAAACCAGCAAAAUCCCCUGGGCAAGCCCAACUGGGUCCUCCACUUGGACAACCCCAGCCACGGCCACCCACACAAGGGGGCCCUCGCCCAGUUCAGUCUCCUCAACCCCCAAGAUCUGGGAGCCCCUCCCAGCAGAGGCUCUCCCCACAAGGCCAGCAGCCCCUGAGCCCUCAGUCUGGAUCACCACAGCAGAGAUCACCAGGGUCUCCCCAGCUCUCCCGUGCAUCUGGAGGCAGCUCUCCAAACCAGGCCCCCAAGCCGAGCGCAACCCUUACCUCGCAGCCGCGGCCCCCCGUGCAGGGCCGCAGCACCUCCCAACAGGGCGAAGAGGCGAAGAAGCUAGCAUCACCCCAUCCCCAUCUCAACAAAUCCCAGUCCCUGACUAACAGCCUCAGCACAUCUGACACCUCCCAGCGCGGGACCCCCAGUGAAGACGAGGCCAAGGCCGAGACCAUCCGCAACCUGAGGAAGUCUUUCGCCAGCCUGUUCUCUGACUAA